AAUAUCACCAAAGAAGAAGAAGAAGCGGGGGAGGGUGACGAGGACCGGAAAUCGCCAUUUUCCCGUUCAGCAGUAACAGAGGAAAGAUCGAGAAACGUCUACGAGGUAAGCCAAGAUGGGGAAUUUUUCAAGCCUCUUUAAGGGACUGUUCGGGAAAAAAGAGAUGCGGAUUCUGAUGGUAGGACUGGAUGCUGCUGGUAAAACUACCAUACUGUACAAGCUCAAACUGGGAGAAAUUGUUACCACUAUUCCUACCAUUGGAUUUAAUGUGGAGACUGUAGAGUUUAAGAACAUCAGUUUUACGGUUUGGGAUGUUGGUGGUCAGGACAAGAUCAGACCUCUUUGGAGGCAUUAUUUCCAGAACACACAGGGUCUGAUCUUUGUAGUGGACAGCAAUGACAGGGAGCGAGUGGGGGAAGCGAAGGAAGAGCUAAUGCGAAUGCUGGCUGAAGAUGAGCUGAGGGAUGCAGUGCUGCUUGUGUUUGCUAAUAAACAGGACCUGCCCAACGCCAUGAAUGCAGCCGAGAUCACUGACAAGCUGAGCCUUCACUCCCUCCGUCAUCGUAACUGGUACAUCCAGGCCACAUGCGCUACCAGUGGCGAUGGGCUCUAUGAGGGUCUGGACUGGCUUUCAAGCCAGCUAAGAAACGCAAAGUGAUCAAUUGCUCCACGUUCUCCAUCCGUCGGCUCUAUCUGCAGUGUUUAUGGGAGGCUGCACUGGGCAUGUACUUGUUAACUCUCAUUUUUCUUCUGUUUCCUGACGUUUUUAUAUUUGUUUUGGAGCUUUGGCCAGUGUGCCCCAACAUCAGUGUACUGUAUGUGUGUGUUUGUAUAAAUAUUUUGGAAUGAACGGAUGUGUAUGUGCGAGCUACGUGGGAGCAGUCCUGCUGUGCCUUGAACACAGUUGACUCUCAAUCACCUUUCAUUCCUCCAGUGCCAGCACACCCAAAGGCUGCGGGUACUUGCAAAGCGAAAAGCAACGCACGAUGCUUAGUGCUCCGUCCUCGUAAAAGAAUGUCUAAGAAAAAAAAAAACGGUAACAAAUACAUUUAUUACACAUCUGGCACACUAGAGCCUCUUAGUUUAUGUACCUCACUAAGGUGCACUGUUUUGUCAUCAGACAACCUGGAUGAUAAAUGUGGUCUGCACAGUUUGAAGAUUUAAAAGAUCAAUCUUAAAAAAGCAGCUUUGGUUUUAUUUUAACUCAAUAUUUUGCAGGUUCUAGUGACCAGAAUGUAACUGGAUCUAAUGCCAAUUUAUGUGGGAAAGUCUGAAUGGAGGAAAUAUUACAUAUAGCUUUGGACCUCAUUUGUCUUUGAAUUGGAUCAUACUUGUUGUCUCAUGUGAAAGAUCAAAAGGUCCGCUGUGCCUGGAUCUGGUAACGGCAAUAAAUGUUGCAGCGCAUGUUUACAUAUAUAGAGGAGUGUUAACUAUUGCAUGGUUUGUAUCCUUGAGGCCUGUGCGGCUUUGAGCUCCACAGAGCCAACUGCUAUGUCAGCUUUCUCCCACUCUGGCUUUUUAUUUAGAAGUAGGCUUAAUUUGCUCUUGUAAGUACGGUAGUCUAUUGGCUAGUGUCUGUUGUUUUUAACUAUGCUAUUAUUAUUAUUAUUAUUACGUAUGGCCUGUUUAAUCUUAGUCGGAGCUGCUGGUUUCUGUCCUUUUGAGUAAAAUCUUUUUGGACCAAAUUGUUUGCAAAUUGGAUUUGUCUGCAAGUUGUUUGCAAGUUCCUUUUUUCAUUAUUGAUGUGUUUGAUGGUACAUGUUGAAUCGGAAGUGUAUGAAUCAGCCUUACAAAUACAUAUUUAGCGCUUCUUGCUUCAGGGCAGAGUACUUCCUCUGUUUAUUUACAAGAAAUAGUUCACCCCAUAUUUUACAACCCCACCAGCUUGCACAAUACAGACUUGUGUGAUGACAGCUGUUUAUCUCUCAGCCAUGGCAGUGAACUCACAUGCAGUAACACUCUCCAUCGCUCUACACCAGCAUAUAGUCGAAUGUGAAGGUUAGGAAGCCAGAUUAGUCACAUGUAUUUGCCCCUCAUGUAUUCAGCUAUGGGAAAUAAAACCAACCUUGAACAGUACACACUGAGUGAGGAUGACUGCACAGUUUUGUUACACUGACCUCAGAAGGGAGCUUUGGGUUCCCGUUUUUUGUUUUUCUAUAACUGGACAUUUAGAUGUUUUGAGUUUUUUUUAGUUGUAAUGAA